UAAGUCACACGUGGCUAAACACUACUGGCCAUCUCAAAACACAAACAGAUAUAUUGGUCUCUCUGACUUUCGCGAGUUACAGAGCUUAGAGAGAGAACAAUCCAUGGCGGCUACGAAGCUCCAAGCGCUGUGGAAUCACCCGGCCGGCCCUAAAACCAUUCACUUUUGGGCUCCCACAUUUAAAUGGGGAAUCAGCAUAGCUAAUGUUGCUGACUUCGCUAAACCACCAGAAAACCUUUCAUAUCCUCAGCAAAUAGCGGUUGCAUGCACCGGAGUUGUCUGGUCACGUUAUAGCACCGUCAUUACUCCGAAGAACUGGAAUCUUUUUAGCGUGAAUGUAGCAAUGGCAGGGACAGGCCUCUACCAACUCAGUCGUAAAAUACGGCAUGACUAUUUCUCGGAGAAAGAAGCAGCAGUUGCUGAAGAAUGAUGGCGAAAAUUGUACCAACCACGUCUUGUCAUGGGUGCCAAGGCUCAUGUCGCCUCCUUCCCUUCCGUUUCUAUUGAAUUUGAUUUCAUGUUGCCGCCUUCUUGGAGGGAUCUGGAUAGUCGAGUUUGAUGUGGUAACGGAUAGUUUGUACUUCUCUGUUUGAUUCAGUUUGCAACUGAAAAAAAUCCCUAAUUCGCUAAUAAAUUUCCUCUCCAAAUCUCUGCUA